AUGGGCCUACCGAACCAGCCUGCAAAACCGAGACCUUACUUUCCCCACGCGGAUGCCAUCUCCUCGGUUUUUGUUCCUCCCGCCGAGUUUCACGAGAAAUCUUCAAACAUCGGGCCUGUAUUCGAUAGCGAACAUUUCGACAUCCCCAUAGCCGACUACGAUGCAUUGCGACAUGCUGCCAUCUACGGCACUGAGACAUCAGACAAGAUCCCUGCUCGACUGGAUGAUUUUGAUGCGCCUUACCUCCGUCCUACACUCGCGAAGAAUGAGCGACUACGGCUGACCAUACUCUGGUAUUAUGCGAGACACGUUCUUCAAGAUGGGGCGUUGUUACAAAAGCUACAAAAUGUUGUGGAGAUGGUGAAGCAGUUCAUAGGCUGGGAUACUGCCGUUGUUGGGCUGGUGGACGAGGCUGUCUACAACCGAUUGGCCACUGCGAAUAUGCCAGUCAACAUCAUCCCUCGGCGAGAGGCCAUGUGCGCUCACACCAUCAAUCAAGAAGGAGGAACAGUCUUCAUGGUUCCAAGCUUGCUAGAUGAUUGGAGAUUUGAGAACGCUCCUCAUGCCACCCACGCCGGCAUGAGAAGUUACGCUGGCACGCCGUUACGGUUACAAGUCGAGGACGGGGAAUAUGUGGCACUCGGAUCGCUGUGUGUGACUUCAAGUACCCAGCAGAAGCCUCUCACUCCGGACCAGAAGGCUUCUUUAGUCCGCUUUGGAGAUAUUAUGGUCGCCGAAAUCGUCAGCAGUAACAAACAGGCUAGGUUGAAGGCUCGACAAGACAUGUCGAACGCUGUAAUGGCUCUUCAAAGCUUAGCCAACAGUGACAGCCCAGAAGCUGUGACAAUUGAAGUUGUCAAGCGUGUUUAUCCUAAUGCUUCGGUUUCGAUACAGAGCUGCUACGACAACCUGGUCCAAGUAGAAGGCCGCCCGGCCUUCCACAUCGAUGAAAUCAAAGAUAUGCUGUGGGAAGACACUAACUUCAUCGAGUCUGCCAUUCAACACCAGAACUUUCGGCAUCUCAGCUCAACACAAACUUUGCGCGCAGUCGUUGCGCGAUGUGGGAGAUCAUCACAGAUGCUCGUCGUCGCCUCGAGCGACUUCCAUCAUGUGUUCGACGAUUAUGACAUCUGGUUCGUCGAGCGAUGUGCACUUGCACUGGCCGAGAUCAUACGCGAAAGGGAUCUUCAUGCAGCUCUAGCCAUCAAAGAGACAUUCCUGAGAGGUAUUACCCAUCAACUUCGGACUCCCAUUCACGGAGUUCUCGCUUCGGCAGAUCUGUUGGCUGAGGAACUUGGGCGAAACUCAUUGGCCAGACGCUCGUCACUUGCAGAAGCUUCGAAUCCUGGAUUAUCGUAUAUUGCGGCAAUUAGAAGUUCAGGACGAGAACUAAUGACAACCGUCAACAAUGUUCUGAAAUUGAACAAUUGGACAGACAGCUCUACGAAGGGACUCAAGACCUCGAUCUAUGACCUCUCCGAGCUCCAAUCGGACAUGCUGGACGACGUAUUCCAAAUGCUACCAGAGGAACAGUUGGAAGCGAUAGCCUUGAUGUACGAAAACAAGCUGACCGCUGAAGGGACUGCUAUUGAUACGAACAUGGUCCUUCUCAAGGAAUGCGUCCAGUCGCUAGUGCUCAAUGCUAUACAGGCCUGUCCAGCUGGGGCUAUCACGGUGACAAUUUCAGCCAUAGACUCCUCAAAUGAGGGUGUGAUAAUUGAUGUCGUCGAUACUGGAAAAGGUAUCUGCCUUGAAGAUCAACAACGAAUAUUCGAUGCUUAUGAGAAGGUUGAUCAACAUACACCAGGCGUUGGACUUGGGCUCACUCUAGCUCGCAAGAUUGCCCAAAGCCUGAAAGGUUCUCUGACCCUGGAAAGAUCGUCAAUUGGCCAGGGAUCCCAUUUUCGACUGCAAUUCAAUACACCGCUAUUGGCUUGCGCGUCAGCCACCCAGCAAAAUGAUACGAUGGUCCAGACCACGCUUCCGAAAACUUUCUGCGUGGUGCCAGAUUCGAAUGUACCUCACAUGGCAGAACGUCUGGCAGUGCAUCUGGAAGGAAAAGACCUGAUGAAAGCGGACCAAGCUGCAGGGUCGUUACUGAUCACAGAUCUUUCCUCUGUCACAGUCAACGUCACUCCCACAUUAGAAGAAGCUGCUGUAAUCAUUUGCAUCCUUCCAUCCGCAGACUUCGGAAAGUUGUCCCAGAUCAGCCCAACUCUCAGGAAGAAGAUUGUACCAGUCACUGGACCUUUCUAUGAAACCCACUUGAACAAUAUCAUGACGGAAGUCACUUCUGUCUAUGAAUUCCUUUCACAGACAUCGAUACCGGAAAGGCAGUUCACAACUCUACCCCUUCGUACUGGGUAUAGCUCAAAGGAACCCGUUGUUCAUGUUUGUGCCGAAGAUACAACUACAAUCAUCCCACAAAUUCCUGCUUCUGGUGAGAACGGCCCAAGUGCAUCGCAAGUUGGGCUACAUGUCAAACAGCCCGUUAGCUGUGCUUUACUCGUUGAUGACAACGAUAUAAACCUGCGCAUUCUCCGUAUGUACUGCGAGAAACGACACAUACCCUACUUGCUCGCGAGGGAUGGUAAUGAAGCCAUCACACAGUACACCGCGGCCAUCUCCGCGCAUCGCUCGGUCGACUUAGUGUUUAUGGACCUUCAAAUGCCCAACUGUGACGGUCUUACAGCCUGCAAGAAGAUUAGACACAUUGAGAAGGAGCGCAACAUUGCCAAUCAGAGCAUAAUGUUCAUUGUUACAGGGCAAGACUCUAUCAAAGAUCGAGACAGUUCCUUUGCGGCCGGAGUUGAUAACUUUUUGGUGAAGCCGGUAGGUCUCAAGCUCUUGGACAGGGAGCUAGCAAAAUACUUCAUUGCGGCUGGUGCUGCUUGA